GGGAGGCGCGAGCGAGCCAGCUGUGUGCCGAGAGUUUGUUGAUUGUUGUUGUUGGCCCAGCAGUCCAGCAAUAAAGUCAAUACAAUCAUCAACGUGUUUUCGAAGACCAACUAGCACAGUACUACUCUUUGACCAACAGCUCCAGCAAGGCACAGCUUGGGACUUGGCAGUCCGACGGAUCAUUUCAUUACUUUGUCUUCUCUGCAAUACUCAACCUGGGACAAGUCAAGUCAGUCAAGUAGUGGCCGUAAACUAAAACUAAAAUGGUCCAAAUUCUAGUGAAACUCCCUGGCGAUGAGACGGAGUGUAAAGAAUGGGCGAUCGUGGAGCUCCAGGGGGAUCUUGAGACGAGACAUCCUGUUCCGUUGAGUGGAAAGUUUAUCGGUGAUCUACACUUUGCUCACAAGGAUGCGCCUGUCCUCAUCAUUGGCCACCACAUACUCCACGGGAAGGUCAUGAGUCUCGAAAAACCCUUUGCCGUCAUAACGAAAGCCUCAAACUCCGAGACAGCUGACGGCAGCGAAGUGACACCAAUGGAAGCAGACCACGCAGACCAGGCACUUGCACCUACGUCAGGUUCUGAAGACAACCCCAGCCAGCCGAGUUAUCAUGUCAAAGCCAUCAUACGCAAAAAAGUUCUGUUCAAAACGAGACCGAAGCCUAUAAUUGCUCAUGUUCCAAAGAAGUUGUGAUAGUUGUGUGUGUUGUGUGUAUGUUGUAUGUGAUAGUUGUGUGUGUUGUGUGUGUGAGUGGGUUUUGAUGAGUGUGCUGGCAGGUCUGAAUCAUGUACUGCAGCUGUCUCGUCAGGAAAGGCGCCUUUGGUAGUUCUGACACUGCUACUGUGUGGAAAUGAAAAUGAGUGAAUGGCCCUGAUACUGUGUGGAAAUGACUAAAUUACCCAGUUUGUAUACAAGUGAUGUAAAUAAAGUAUGUUCCAAUUAAAAAGAAAA